CCAGCCAGCGCUGCACACUUCUGUGCUAAAUAGUAUGCAGAUGCAGUAUGCGGUUAGGGACGGAGCCGAACAUCUGCACAUGCAGCUGCGGAAAUAAACACAACAAACACGCAGAGUCAUCAUGACCUAGUAUGCUUUAACAGACUGUUCGUUCUUCUCUUCUCUUUCUUCCAUGAGAAUACUCUCCAAGGUUUCCAUCAACUACUGGAUUCACCCCCACACUUGUUCUCAGGGAGACAUAUUCCACCUUCCCUUCAGGUGACAUGGAGCCCCAGAGGUGUCUGGGAAUGGAAAGGGAUUGCGAUAUUCUGGUUUCGAGUCCAAGGAGUGAAGCUGUGACCCAUGACAUGGAGGCAAUUUCACUGCAGCCCAGCUAUAGUCUUCCUUCCAUCCAGGAGCGGAAGAAUGUUCUGCAGAUCAGACUCCAGCAGAGACGCACUCGGGAACAGCUUGUGGACCAGGGCAUUAUGCCGCCACUGAAGACUCCUGCUGCCUUUCAUGAACAGAUACGAAGCCUUGAGAGAGCUAGGACUGAGAAUUUCCUGAAGCACAAGAUUAGUAGUAGACCUGAGCGUGCAGAGCUGGUCCGCAUGCACAUCCUCCAAGAGACCCAGGCAGAGCCAUCGUUGCAGGCCACACAGAUGAAGCUCAAAAGGGCUCGUCUGGCUGAUGACCUCAACGAGAAGAUUGCCCAGAGGCCUGGCCCAAUGGAGUUAGUAGAGAAGAACAUCCUGCCUGUAGACUCCAGUGUGAAGGAGGCCAUCAUUGGAAGUGAGGUGAACUAUCAAAAGACCUUGGACGUAUAUAACUUUGAUGAAGACAGCAAUGAAACUCUGUCCCCAGAGGAUCCGGCCAGUCAGGAAUCUCAGUGCUCUGUCCCAUCACCCAGAGAGGCCAGGCUGCCUGAGAUCUCUUCUGCUACUCUGACCGCUGGCUCCAACCUACAGCCCUGUCCACCUACGACCCAGAGUUCAGAGUUACUCAGUCAAACAUCAGCAGAGGAUCAGACGAAUACUCAGCACAUAACUCCUGCUCAGCCAGUCACCACAGCUCCCCCCAUCAAAUCAGGUCUUACCCUUGUGAAGCAAAGCCAACCCAAGCUUCCCAGUGAAAAAAGCCGCAGCAAAAAGAGCAAAGAACCCAAGCCAAGGGUGAAGAAGCUCAAAUAUCACCUGUAUAUCCCACCAGACCAAAAACAGGAGCCCAGUGAGGCCCCUAUGGACUCGGCCUAUGCCCGAUUGCUUCAGCAGCAGCAGCAGUUUCUACACCUGCAGAUCCUUAGCCAGCAACAACAGCACUACAACUACCAGGCCAUUCUACCUGCACCUGCACCUUUCAGGCCUUUGCCCAAGGUUCAGAGCAGCUGUCCAAACGUGGCUGUAGGAAACACCCAAGCUCCAUUCGUAGUGUCCCUGCCCAGCGCUACCCCUGGACUCGGCACCAACAGCAUGAACAACCGCAAGCCUGGCCUUCUGCCUGCUAACCUAGAUGAAAUGAAGGUGGCUGAACUUAAAAUCGAGCUGAAGCUACGCGGUCUCCCUGUAUCUGGCACUAAAACAGACCUCAUAGAGAGGCUCAAGCCCUACCAGGAGUGCUACAAGGUUACCAGCACUCAGCAGACUGAGACCAAUGAUGUCAUUGCUCCUCUGGCCAAUCAAAAGACAGAAAGCAUAAGCAUGACUCCCCCAGUGUCUCCUGUGCACUCAGAAGUUUCCACUGGGAGUAUGGAGGAGACCAGCGACAGCAAAGCGUUGGCUGCCACAUCUCCAUCCAUCAUGAAGACAGAGGAUACAUCAGUGGAGGCAGCAGUACCUGAUAAAGAUCAGAGCCUGUAUGAGAAGGAGCGCCAGAUAGAGGAGCUGAUUCGCAAGCUGGAGCAGGAGCAGCGUCUGGUGGAGGAGCUCAAGAUGCAGCUAGAGGUAGAAAAGAGGAAUCAACAGGGAGCGACGCAGCAGCUGGAUGAGCUUGAAACUCUUACCAGGAUAAAAGAGGAGCAUGAUACCUCCUCCAGCUGUAGCGCCACGGUGGAACAGGAAGAGUCCCAGUCCCAGGGGAAGGUACCGCAGUUCUACAUUGCUGCACAAGGAGUGCAGCCCUCGCAGACCAUCCUCAGCACUCAAUCAGAGCAACAUAUCCUGCCCACCACCAUCCAGCUUCCACAGACACGGCCAGUUCUCCAAACCACAGUGUCUGUCUUGGCUCAAACAGAGAGUGCAGCGUUUCAGCAGCACGCAAAUCCAACACAGGCUGUACCUCAAAUAAUGCCCGUGUGCAGCAGCUCAGGCUCAGGCAUCCAGCUGGGGCAGAAGCAGGAGCAGCAAAGAGCUGAAGUGGCUCAGUCGUGCUCACCUAGACACAGUCCUCCAAAUGGAUUCACCACCAAACCAACCUCCCCCUGCCAGCCCACUUACAUCCUUCCACCAUCUCCAUUCAGCAAUCAUCACAGCCCCAAGAACAAAGAUCCUCCUCGCUACGAGGAGGCUGUCAAACAGACUAGAGCACUUCAGGCUACUAUGCAGAUCCCCACUGCAAUCAGUCAGCACAUGGAUGACUUGUUUGAUGUCUUGAUUGAGAGUGGAGAAAUCUCUCCCCUGCUCCGACAAGAUACCCUCUCUCCGGAUAAACUUCUGCCUGUGACAGCCAGUGUCACCACUCUCCCCAUCAACACUGCACUGUCUCGUCCUCCACCUCAGGUCCAUGUGGCCCACAUGCCCAGUCUGGUGGCACUGGCCUCAGAUCACCAGCUGGAGGCUCUACUGGACGGAACGCUGCCACCCAACACAGAGCCCCGUGCUCUCCACCUCAUGGAGGAACUGCACAGCCAGUUGUUGGAUCCACCCCAUUCACCCAUGGACACCAGUGAGCUGAGUUUUUCCACCUCACCACCCCCAUCCCUCCACCUGCAUGACACCAACCUGGACAACAUGGAGUGGUUGGAACUGACUGUGCCAGAGUCAGCAGGUAUCUCUGCACCGGCUGCCAUCUUCUCCUCCGACUUCCUGGACUCUCACGAUUUGCAGUGGGACUGAGAGAAGUGAGAGAAAAGAAGUUUCUGGUAUGAACCACAGGCCAGGUAGAUGUUCAGAGUUGAGGGAUGAAUUCUGUAAGUCUUAGAGUCAUUAGAAGAGUUGGAGUAUUGGAACAGAUGGCCUCAUGCAACGUGAUUAGAGCAGUGGAGGAUGGAGAGCUCUCUCAGCCUCUAUUAAAUCCAGCGUGGCAUUACUGGAUCCCUGUUAGAAACCUGUGGUAGACACUGACCAUGAGUCCUUCAGCAACUGCAAUUUUUUUUUAAAUUUGGGCCUGGUUGGUAGCCAGAUGUUUCCAAUUUGUGCACUAAUAACUGACUUUGAAGACACAGAAAGAAUGUCGGCCAUUUUAUUAAUAAUUUUCCAAUAUUUGUAAGGUAUACUUUUUUUGUGUUUAGUAGUUUUUCUUUUGUGACUUUGCCAGCUUUGUUGGCUUAACGUAUGACCUCUGUUUUGCAGCAGCUGCGCCACCUGCAUUUUGUCAGACAUACAGUGUUCCAAAGAAAACAGUCAGAGAGUAAGUUUGUUUACUAAAGUGAGAAUGAGGCCAUUGUACAGAGAAACUCAUAAUCUAAUGCCACGUCAUUAUCAUCACUGUGAAAAAGAAAACAGAACCGUAUUGCCCCGGGCGAGGGCAUGUAGAGGGAACUCACUACAGCAUCAGGUCAGAUUCAACAGGCAUUGUUUUUGAUUGACCAGUCUGUCUAACCCAGGACCCACAUUUAGCAAGUGUCAAGAGAAUAAUGUCAGCAUUAGCGAUAACAUAAUAUUAAUUACUGGUGCAUUAGUGCCUUGAAUAACAGAAAAACAAAAAUGUUGUGAUUCUGUUUAACAGUUUAAAAUUUGAUAUGGGAACUAAGCUGCUUAGUUGUUCAUAAAACACAAACUGACUUAGAAACAUGACAUGAACAUGUGACUGUGAUAUGACCAAUAAUUUAAUGCCUGUAACCAAUUUAUGAAAAUGUCAAACAUUUUCUUAAAAUUUGUUACUUGUAGCUCUUUAAUUUACAUAGUGGUCCAAAGUAAUGUUUUCCUUUUGAUAACUUUAAUGUUAUUUGUAAAAAAAAAAAAUUAAAAUGUUAUGUUUUAUAAAACAUGAACGCGUAGCAACAUCUACUAGCAACAAACUGUCGUGUUCAGACAGGAUGUGUAAAGUUAGGCUUUAGCUUUAGCUUGGUAAUUGUUCCGACAGGAGUGCAUUGAAAAAAAAUCACUUUUCACACAUUUGGUGUCAAAUGUAGCAGUUGCUUGCAUCUAGAAUACACUUGCUAUCAGUUUAUUGCAUUACUGUACCUUCAGACAAAAGUAUGUAAUGCAGCAAAUGAAGAGAGAUCGUAGCGUUUUGCAUAACGUGUUCAUUUUUAUUUCUUGUUCUCUCGUAUGCAGCAGAAAAAAAAAAUCCUAAUGUGAAAUACAGUUCUGCUAAUAAGUUUACAUGCCCCUGGCAAAAUAAGAGUGAUUAUACAGAAGAAAGCUAUUUAUCUUCAAUUUGCUUAUAUUACUGCAUAUUAAUCAUAAUUAUAACUGAAAUUACAUAGCUGACCCACAUCAAAAGUUUACAUACCCUUACUUUUUAGUACUGAGUCUUGUCUUGAGCACCACUGACAGCUUGCAGCCUUUUGUGAUAGCUGAGAAUGAGCACCUUUAUUUUCCUUAAAGUGGUAAAGCUGACCACAAUUCUUGGCAAAAAGCCUUGCAUGCUGUCUUUUGAAGUCUCUGCAAAGUGGCUCAAUGAAUUUUGCGGUCCAGGGACUGCGAGGGCCACGCCAGAACCUUCCCUUUCUUCCGCAGCAAUCACCUAAAGGUCGACUUCUGCCUCGUGCGGUUAGAUGUUGGUAGAUGUUGGUAGAUGCGGUAGUUCUGUCGUCAUGUUGGAAAGUCCUUUUGCACUCCAUGCUCAGCUUCCUGGCUAAUUCAUGCAAAUUUUCCUUCAAGGUUUUAGAUAACAGGCUUUAGAUAACAGGUUGUUCAAUUUUUGUCUAAAUUAUUUCAGAAAUCUGGAGAUUUCUCUAGAUGCUGUUUGGCAUAUUUCAAGCGGGUUAUUUUGUGGUAUGGGUGCAAAAAUGGCUUUCUCUCUUGCAUCUCUACCACCAACCCAUUUUUGUUCAAGUAUUUGCUUACUGUAUAUUCUGAAAUGGCCACCCGCUUUGUUUCAGAUAAGCCUGUAUUUGAGUAGAAGAUGCUUAUGGGUUUUUUCUUUGCAUCUCACACAGAUUUCCUGGUGGAUGUUUCAGAAAUCUUUUUGGUCUAACCUGAUGCUGGCCUGGUAUCCACAGAACCACUGGUUUUCCGCAUCUUUAUCGGAGUUUGAAUAGUGCUGAGUGGCAUUUUCAAAUCUUUGGAUAUCUUUUUAUUUUUUGUCUAAUGUAUUGGGUAGAAUUACUGUUUCUCACAGGUCAUUUGACUGUGUUUUGGUUUUAUUUUAGUACCCAGUAAAUUCAGUGCAGGUGUACACCAAACACAUAAGAAACACACUAUUUACACACAUACACAGAUUACAGUCAAAUAAAUCAGAUUCUUGACCUUCACAGUGAAUUUACUUGUGUGUAAACAGGCCCAACAUACAAAGGUACGUGAACUUUUUACAGGGGUCACCUAUGUAAUUGCAGUUCUUAUUAGGACUACAAUAAGAACAUACAUAACAUACAUGCAAAUUCCUGUGAUGAUAAAUAGCUUCAUCUGAGCACUAUUACUAAAAAAAGAAACAUCUUUUGUUUACCAUUCUGCCAGGGGUGUGUAAACUGAGCAGAACUGUAUAUUAGGUGCUGCAUAAUUCAUUUGCUUAUUCACACAUUAGCUUUGACUCUUACAUGUCAUCCAUCUGCUCAAAGAUCAGCAAAGAUAUCAUUUCAACACAAUGCGGAAAUGCAGUUAGAUGAUCAGCAGACAGAGACCAAGUGUUUCCUCCAUGUGUUUACUGGUGAAUUGUACCUGCCUUCAUCAAUCACACACUCAUCACACACUCAUCACACACUCAGCAAUGACAGAGCAACAUUAAAGUACAAAAAGACAAAAGAAAAUACAGUUCAAAAAAUAUAUUAAUAUGCUCUGAAUUCUUAUUACACAGGAGUAAAAGCUGUGGAAUAUUUUACAGUCAUAAUAUUUUACAUAGAUGAUUAAAAAAAAAAAAAAAGCAAAAAUGGCUUGCAUCAAGUAAAAGUCCAGAAAGAUCUACUGUGGACUCUAAUGAACAGGUUAUACUAGGCAGGUUUCAUUCUUAACCAGAACCCAACGUUAUAUGUGGAGUAUCACCACCACAAGUCAUAAGGUUUUAAUGGAACCUUUAAUGGAAUGGUACUAUUGCACAAACGCUAGUAUAUACUGGAAUAUAGGGUACACGAUUUCAGUUUUAGUUCUGCUUUGCAAUUAGAGUAUGAUUUUGUAGCUUUUUAUUUUGCACAUGAAAAUAUUUAUUCCUUUUUUUUUUUUUUUUUUUU